CAGCAACUCAGCAGACGCCAGACAGUUUUGUCUCCAACCUGGAACAGUGCGUUGUUUGUGUGUCUGUGCGUCACAAAACGUACGUGGGAUGCGAUUGAUUGCUCGGCAACUUUAAUAUCAAUAAUUAAAUAUUAUCAUCCAGUUUUAUUGUCGUGCCGUUGAAAUUUUAAUACGGGAAAUUUUCAGGAGUCCAUUCGACGAUUAUCGUUUUUCUUUGUUCCAACGUAAUAAUAUUUAAUACAUUGACGAUAUUGUUAAAUUAUCGCAGAAUACGUCGGUCGUUUGUACAAGGUGACGGUAGUUGAAUAGUGUUCGCAGUCGGUCACCGCUUUCGUAGUUAGUAUCGCCCUUUCGCCGAGACUGAGGCCAAACGCGCGUAAAAUACGACCAUAUUAUUCGCAGCCAUAUACACAAUAUGGCCGUGUGAAGAACAAUAAUUUAUAGGACUAACAGCGCCAUUCAGUCACACUGUGUUUGGGAAAAAAUAAUGAAAAUUUGUUUUGGCCCGAAAUACAUAAAACACCGUUCUAGGUAAGUCUAGAUAAUUUUAAUCGUUAUUAUUGUUUUCACCCUUUUCCCCCAGGGGCCUCUUUGCUCUUCCCCUUUCGCCGCUCACACUCGUUCGUCCAUAACACGCGGCGGUUGUGGUGUGCCUGUAGGCUGCAACGUCGUCAUUACGUCGUCGACCGCCGCGUUUGUCUUGUACUUGAUGUGCUGUUGACUGGUCACUGCUGGUUCUAGUUAAAAUAUUUUUGACGUUGGUUUAAGUUUAGUCCAUACCACAGCAUAAGUGGGUAGCAUUACAUAGGUAGUGUCUGCGUGCGCGGCCUGCCACCGCCGCCGACACGACUGGAGAGUGGACGAAUAAUAAUUAAUAACACCAAUAAGAAAACGAGGUCAAUAUGGAAAGGUAUUAGCCGCGUGUUACUAUUAACGUGUUACCCGGCCGUAUGUUUUUAUUUCAUGUCUGUCUGUUCCGUGUGUCGUAGUUGCUAUUGUCCGAUUUUUCGGAUCUCGUGUCCGUGUAUCCUUUGUUAACGUUGUGACCCGUGUUCUAUCUCUCCUAGUGGACGUCGUCGAUCUGUUUGGCAUUUUCAACCAAUAUACUAUUGAGUCUUGACAUUGCCAAUAUAAUUAUCUAAUUUAUCGAUCGUUAUUAUUUUCAAUGUAUUCGUGUCACUAGCAUACGUUCACGUCAACAAUAUAAUGUUUGUCUUGAGUAUUUUACACUUCAAAAAAAAAAUAUAUCUGAAAACGUUCUAUUUGAUGAAAAAUUCCGUCGUAUUAGGUAGGUUUUAAAAUACUUUUGAUUUUUAUUUUUAUCUCAAUCUUAUUGAUUCCUAUUGCUUGUGGUGGUGUAAAACGAAAAAUAGUGUUGGUAAUAUACUUUUAGUCAUUAGCUAUUGUUUAUGGUUUACUAUUUUCAUUCUAUGCUUUAAUUUCCAUUGCUAUUCUAAUAAAAUGAAUCAAUAGAUAUAAAUUAUGUGUGGAUUUGCAUGUAAUUACAUAAAUGAAAAGAGGUAUAAGAAUUUUUCAGUUCAACUUAAAACAGAUGUUGCAAUAAAAAAAAAAAACACAUAGUUUAAUUUUGAUAGCAGGUGGUAGAUCAUAUCUAUAACUCCAUUAUAUAUUGAUUAAUAAUAUUAGGUAGGUGAUUAAAUUUUAUAAUAAACUAAGAUUUGUUCUAGUAGUUUUCUGGACAUUUUAUAUUUGUAUUGACAUAAGGAUAAAAUUACUAAGUAAUGUUCAAGGGUAAUGUUAUUGUUUCACAUUUUUUUUUUUUUUUUGUAAAUCAGAUUUAACCUUUAGCAGCUUGUAUUAGGGCAUGUAAACUAUGUAAAAACUUUAUUAGAUUAUUAAAUUUAUAUACCUACUAGUUAAAUAUCAUUGGUUAUUAUUUAUUAUGCACAAUGCACAUAGUUUGUGUAUUAUAACAGUUAUACAAAUUUUGAAGCUUUUGACAUUAAUAAGAGUGUCUAUUAAAAAUGAAAUAAUUUGCGGAACUUAAAUUCACCGUGUUCUGGGUGGCCAUAUCAAUAUUAGGUACAUGCGACGACACAUCUUCUAGAAUACCUCUGAAAAAACCAUAGUUUUAUGGAUCAAAUUUAAUGUGUGCAUGGGUCUUAAUUUUAUCUUGCCAAGUUUAAACUUUGAUUUAGUUAGAUGUUAGUUCCAUAUUAUAUUUACCAAACAAAAUAUAGUUCGUUAAAGAAAAUUUACGAAAUUACUGUAGAAAAAGACAGCAAAAUAGAUAAAAAUAAUAUAAAUAGACAAUUUAUUCUAAAACUGAUCUUAAAUUAUAAACUGCAGUGUAAAGUAUCAGUCUACUGCUAGUCUAUUCCAUAUUAUUUAUACUUUGUUCGCUUUUGCUAUAGUAGGGUUUUCAUUUUUCUUUUUUUUAUUUAGAGUUAUUUCUGUUUUUUCGUUUGCUCUUUAGUUUUUACGAAGUUUGAUUUUUUAAAUUUUGCAUAUUUAAUUAGUAUUAACUCAAAAAUAUGUGUAUUUCAGUGCAUGUGUAUUAUUGUGUGUAAAAUGUUGUAAAACAAUGUACUUAAUUAAUGUGUUGGAGAUUUGAACCUAAAACCGCUCAGCUGGUGUUUUUUGUAAAUACCAUUGCACCAACAAAUUUAUAGUAUAGGAAAGCAUUUUUAAAUAAAAUGUAAAUACUGUUAACCUAUCUAUAAACAUAUGUUUUUGAUUAUUUUUGGCCACCCUAAUAAUUUUUUUCAGACACCAUAUUAUAGUAUAUAUUACUCAGGGCUUAUGUAAUAAUUCUAUUGAUACCACACUAAUUAAAUUUAAAUUGGUUUAGGUUAUAUAAUUUGUAAACACUAUACGCUUUUUGAAGUUGGGUAAUAUUAUAUUUCUUCUAUUUUAUUUAAAAAUAAUAAUUUAGAUUAAUCAUCACUGUUUACAUCAUUCUCAAUAUGAUUCUAUUCCUCUGGAUUCAUUUCUAUAUGUAAAAAUGCAAAAAUAAUAGUUAAUACUCAAUAGUGUACCUAUACUUGUGCAAUUUUGUUUAUUGUAAAGAAACUUUUCAUAACUAUGUUCUCCAAGUAUUUUUAUUUAUUAUACUUAGUAGGUAUUAUUUGUACAUAAUAUAUAUAUAUACCUAUCAGAAUACUUGAUGAAUAAUAUUUUUACAUUUAUUAUCUAGGUACUAAAUCUAAAUAUCUAAAUUGGUAACAAUUAGGUUUGUCUUACAUGAAAAAAAACUUAGAUUGCUAAAAUUACUUACAAGUGUCAACUUAAUCUUAUCUUAAAUUUAUAAAUUAAAUUUUAAAACAAAAUCUGAGUAAAAUGAAUUAUAUUAUUAUUUAUUAUCAAUUUUAUUACUUAACAUUUUAAAUUUUUUUUAAAAUUAAGUAUAUGUUUAGUUUUUUUUUUAACAUUAUUAAUUUGAUAAUUGUAGAUACUAAAUACUCAUACUAUAUGUGAUAUUAUAUAGUAUACAUUAAUUGAGGCGCCCAGAACCCAAGAAGUAUAAGUGACAUUUUAGUGAUUUCAAGCAAAUCAAGUUUAAAGUUAAUAGGAUUUAAUAUUAUUAUAGCAUACUAUCCUAUUAUCAUCAUUGUUCUUGUAUUCUAAUGAUAAAAAUUUUAGCCACUUGGCAAUAAAGAAACAUAAGUGUGUUAACAGCUGUUGUGAACCCUUGUACAAUCUAAUAUCGUGCUUGUACCUAAUUAUUUCUAUUCUGUUUUGAAUCUGUUAUCUUCAUUUGAAGACUAUUUUAGUGAAACCUAGUAUUUCAUACUAGAUCGCAGCCCAUGACUAAUAAUUUCGCUGCCAACUAUUCCUCACAAUAUAUUUUUUUCAUUCUGGCCGUAACUUAGUUGUUUUUUUAGGUAUGCAGGUGGGAUUUUCACUAGUAUACAGGGUGAUUUUUUUUUUAUCAUGAACCAACAAUUAUCUCUGAGUUUUUUAAGUGAAUUUGAUUUCUGUUUUUUCCAAUCAUUAUUGAAUUGUUUAAGCUUUAUUUUAAAACCAUUUUUAGUUUUUACUCCUACUCCAAAUACCUUAAAUAAAUACUUAUUUUUGAUUUUCAAAAAGGAACAUAGAUUUGAAUAGUGAAUAUUUUUCUAGAAAUUUUGAUAUGUAUAACACUCUGAAAAUAUAAAGAAGAUACAGCAAUACGUAAGUCAAAUUAUGUAAGUACAAUUGCUUAUUUGUCAGUGGUUUGGGUUCAUCACCACAGAGGCGCACUACUUCUAUUAUAGCAUAAUAUAUUUAUAUUUUUUGUUGAUAAUGGAAAAUAUCUGGUAAUAUAGUAAUAACUGCAAAUCUUAUGUUAUUAUUUUACGAGACGAUACUACCGAUCACCAAAGGAACACUUUUUUGAUCUGUAAUUCAGAAAAAUUGUAUAUUUUUUUAAUUCAAUUAAAGUAUAUUUACGUAUGAAUAUUAUGAAUUAGUAUCAGUGCCUGCCCGAUAGAUUUCGGAGCCUGGUGCAGAAAUUUGUGGGGUUCCAUAUAUAUUUAUUUAUUUUAUUUUCCAACGGACUUACUUUAUUUUCAUAUAAUUUUAUAAACUUUCUGGUCUUGUUAGAAAUCUAAAUUUGUAUACCUUUAUAUAAACUAAUAAAAUCAAAUUUUUAUUUUUAUAUUAGCCACAAAAUGAGCUAUGUAUAAUUGGUACUAUCUUGAUUUUCAUCGAUAACAACCCAUGUCUGGUACCAGAUAGUAAAAAAAAAAAAACUGUUUAUAUCACCAAUCAAAUAAACGAUUCUUAUCAGUACCUGACUACUUGAAAUAAACGUCACAGUUGCUGCUAAAUGCAGCUAUUCCUACCAUUAAUUAGGCAUACUUAAUCAAUGCUGCUACUAAAUGUGACUGGCGACUACUAUCAAUUUGAGAAAAUGUUGAAAUAUAAUGUGUUAUUAUGAACACAUUAAAUCAUUAAAACCCUAGGUAUAUAUUUUAAAAUAGCUAUCUCUAAUAAUAAUAAGGUAACUGUGUCGUUUAUUCCAAGUAAGCAGGAUGUAUUGAUAAGAACCGUUUUUCUUUACUUACUGGUUGUCUGGUGCUAUUAUAAUGAUUACGAUGUCUGGCUAUUAAAUAACGAGACUGCUUAUGAAAAAUGGUUUUAUUUUAAAAAUUAUUCCACAACCAAAUGUUCCCCUUCAAUAUACUCUCCUCUCCUCUUCACACACCGUUUCAUUCGUUUCUUCCAUUGCUCGAGGCAAUGCUGGAAGUCUGUUUUCGUAAGACCAUUCAGGAGUUUCGCCGAUUUUUGUUUCACCUCUUCCAUCGACUCAAACAGGAUUCCUUUUAAGUCAGACUUUAUCUUCGAAAACAAGUAAAAGUCGCAGGGUGCCAAGUCGGGUGAGUAAGACGCGUGUUCGAGUACUGGAGUGCCUUAAGCGGCCAAAUAACGCUUCACAGACAGGCAGGUGCGUUAUCCUGGUGCAAGAUCCAUGACUUGUUUUUCCACAAUAUCGACCGUUUCUUACGAACUCAUUCGCGCAAUGUUGCCAAAACUGUCAAAUAGUAAUGUUGGUUCACAGUUUGACCCUCUGGAACCCAUUCAGUCAUCACGAUGCCGUUGAUAUCGAAGAAAACGAUCAGCAUGGUUUUGAAUUUGGAUUACGACUGAAUUGGAUUCCGGUGCACUCUCGACCUUCAGAAAAUAAUUUAUGCCACUCAAAAUCACGCGCCCGAGAUAGGAAAUCCUCACUAUAGGCCUCUUUUAACAACUUAUAGCACUCAGUUGGAGUUUUUUUUAGUUUAACGAGAAAAUUUUACGUUUAUCCGUUGCUCAUGUUUUUCGUCACACAUCGUUUUCGGCAAGAGAAAAAAACAUGUUCGUUUCUAAACACUACAGAAAAAAUACUAAUGCACCAACAAAAACCCAAUUUUGUACUGGCAUAAUAGACACUUCCAGCUAACCAGCGAUGUAUUCGGUUUUCUCCUAGUCUUUUUGGGACGCUUUCUGCGCGCACAGCCUCGUUAUUUAAUAGCCAAACCUCGUAUACGAUAAAUAUGCGACGAAUACUGAUACGCAUACGCAAUAGACACCAGUCCCCUUAGCACCACGAAUUAAGAUAUCACAAAUUCUCCUGAAAACUAUGAAUUGUGUCGUUUAGACCCGUUUGCCGUGUUACCAUCAAUAUUAUAUUUCAUAGUUAUUGAGUAGAACAAAAUACAAAUUUCCUACAGGCAAUGCACGUGUGUAUGAAAAAUAAAUAAUUUUAAAAUAGUUAUGAUAAAUAUUUUGUGUAAACAAAACUGUAAAAGAAAAGUAUAGUUGCCUAUUAUUAGCUGUGUAAAGGAGAUAGUGAGGGCAUAACCCUCCAUAAUUUUAGCACCCGCUAAGUUGGUGGUCUAGUUGCGCUUAUAACUAUUAUCCAUAAACCUUAUAUUAAUAGACGGAACAUGCAUGGUAGGCCUAUACUAACCUCAAGAGAAGCUCGGUUCACAGAAUAGCGGCCAACUAAGGACAAUUAUUAAAGCGCUCCUACAUUCCCGCCUUAUUACUAUCUGAAACUAUCCUUUUUAAUCUAUGUAGACUUUGCUUAAAACAGAUAUUAAGUUGAGACAUUAUAAUGAUGCUAGAUUAAAUUCAGCUUUGUACAAAGCAAUGAUGUACAGACUAUAUGUCUAAAAACAGUCAAUUUUUUAAAGAAUAUUUUAAUGACUUCAUCAAUAAAAGAAAAUCUAUAUAUUUCUUAACCAAAGUGAAAAAAAAAUUAAAUUUUUAAUAACAUACAAUGAGUCAAAUGCUUUCUUUGAUCAAAUAAUUCAAUUUUAUACACAUUUUGAUAAACUAAUACUGUAAUUUGUAAAACCUUUUUUUACGAGGUCAGGAAGGUUAAUAACAACAUCCCUAUGCGUUCAAAAUUAACUAAACUAAUGCAUUAGAUAUUAUUCAUGUCUAAAAUAUAUCAGUUAAAUAGUAGAUACGAAUUGCCAAUUAUUAACCUUGAUGUGAUACUUCAGCUACUGUUUUUAAACUUAUCAUUAUUUUAUGUGUUAUUGUGUAAUAAUUAUAUCAUGCAAAUAAAUGUGCAUUACAAUAUUGGAUAAAAAAAAAAUAAAUAUUUUCUUUUUUAAUUGACUCAUUUGAAUUUAAAAACAGGGAUUGUAUUUUAUCAUACGUACUUAAAGAAUAUAACUCAAAAUAUUUGUUUUAUUUAUUCAAAAACCAAAAAUUAUAGCCUAUUCAUGUCUUUAUUAUCUUUAGGUACGACACCCUAUCCUAAGUCGUGGUAAAAUGUGUUUUUGUCCCCAGCCGUGGGUUCCACUUUAGUGGUGCGCUCUAGUUGUAGUUAUAUGUUUAUCAUUUAUAGAUUCAAAUUUUACCACUAGAUAACGCAACCUGAGCGGACCCGUUAGCAUAUAAACAUUUCGUACAUGAGCUCGGCACCUGUAUUAAAAUAGUUUUAAGAUUGAUUUUUUUGAAUUUACCGCCCAAUAUUUUGUAUAAUACACAUAGUACAUAUUAGAAUAAUUUAAAUGAAAUGUAUAUACCUUAAAAAUAACCCUCGAUUUGUUAUACAAAACCAUGUCGGGUAGGUAAUAGGAAAAAAUGAAAAAGAAUUUUGGGUGCACCUAGAGACCUGGCAAGGGUCACUCGUUCCCAGCGCUCGCUUGAACCGUUGUUUUAAUCAAAAAUAACCCUCAAUUUGUUGUGUAACUCCAUGUCAAGGAUAGGAUAAAAAAAUAAAUCUGGGUAAAAUAAAAAUGUUUGAAUCAUAUACGGAAAUUAGAUGCGUGUUUUUUUUUCACAAUAAAAAUUGCAAAAAUUUAUUACGUCUCAGACGGUAUUGAACUCGGUCACAUACAGAUACAUAUCUUACUUGUAACGCGUUCCUAAUACGCCACGGUCACUUCUGAAAUGAUAAAAAAAUGAAUAGGUAUUUUAGCUAAAACCGUGAUAAUUGGCUCCAAAAAUAUUUGGCGGUAUAUUCAAAUAAACCAACCAUAAAGCUUGAUUUUAAUACUGGUGCCAAGCUUAUAUACAGAAUGCUUAUAUGCGACCCGACAAAGGAGACAUUAAGAGUCAUGGUUAAACAGUGAUUAGUUAGUCAAUGAUCAAAUUUUAAUCGUUGUUCUCUGUGUGUUUGGUGGACGAUUAGGUUAUGGUUAAUGAAUGAUUAACUAAUGAUGUGGUUGUUUUUAUACACUAUUUUCAUUUUAUUACAUUACAGCCUGUACUCAUUUACGUGAUAGUCAGUCUUAUCAUCAUUUAUAUUAUCAUUUUACUGAAAUAAUAAUUGUUCUCUGUUUUUGAAUUUGAUUUUUGUUAUAAAUAUUUUAGAUUUUUAAAUUUGAAUUUUCUUUGUUAAUUAUCGAGCAAUUACCUAAAAUUUACUACUCAUUUUAUGGCAUUUUAUGCUUGUAUCGCAGAAAAACUAAGAACCCAAAAAUAUAUUAAAAAAACCAUACGUGAACAAUUACGGUUGCGGAUAAUAUCUUCUAGGUAACGAACUGUAUUCUAUAAUAAUCGAAAUCGACCAACAAAUUCAUUAUCUCUUUACCAUGUUUAGUGAUCAGUUCGAGGCCGGAAUAAUCUUGGAGCAGCAAUUAAAACUAUCAGAUUUUCAAAUUUCUCAUCCUCAAAAUCUGAAUCAUCCAUCAUAAAACUAUAAUGUUGCCGAACAUAUUUAAUAAUUUAUUUGGUAUAACAUUGAAAUCAAAACUCAGUGAUAAGACGAUUUAAUAAUAAAUUGAAAUAAAUAACAAAAUUAACUAAUCAGUAUUUAAUCGACCUCAGGUGGUCGAUUAACUUAACGGGCAUAUAAUCAAAGAUUACGGAGUUAAUUGGCACUGUAUAAUAAGAAAAGGUCUUAAUUAUUGAGUAUAGUUUAAUCACAGUUUAACCGAGCACUUACAAGCACGAUUAAAUAUAUACCGAUUGCCUAACGGCUAUGUUAUAAGUGUUAUCACGUGGCAAUUAAAAUUGCUCUGAGGAACAGCUGCUUAACUAACUUAGUGCCCUCUCUGUCCGUGAAAAUAAUGUUAUAUUACAAUAUUAUGUAAAAUUAUUAUAUUUCCGCCUAAUUUAAAAGCACACAACCAUUACGAUCACAACUAAAGAAACAACCAUGUGCGAAUCUAGGAUGUAAUUAUCUUUUUUAUAGUGUUUUAAAAAAAUAUAUUUAUGAAUGUCCAAAAGUAUUUUUACAUUAUAAUAGGUAUUGUGUUUUACAUGAAAAAUUAUGUCAUGUUGUUUAUCUGUAUGCUCUUAUAAAGUUUUAAAAACCAGUACCAUUGAUUAUGAAUACUAACGUAUUUGUAAUCAAUGUCAGUACGUUUGGGGUACCGAAGAAAAUUUCUUUAAAGGUUGAAUGAGAGAAAGCUUUUGGUGUUAUACUAGGAAAAAACUUUAGAAUACUAUUUUAAAAAUGGAAACAUUUUAAACACAAGUGUAUCUGAAUAAGGCAUCGGAAAAUAUACAGUUAUUAUUUUUUUGGUUUAUUAUUUUGUAAUGAUCACAGAAAAUUGUAUUUACUUUAAUUUUCUUAUAAUAAAGCCAAAUAUUCUGAAAAAAAAAAAAAUACUGAUAUUUUUAAAGCAUCCAAAGCUUGGUAUAGAUAUUAUUCCAAUUAAGUCUGAGUUCCUCGAGAUUUCACAUGCAUCACAAGUAUUAAUAACAAUGAUUGUUUUGAAUAAAAUAUAAUAAAUAAUAUGUAUUAAUUUUGUAAUUUGUGAUUAAAGUUUUAGGUCAUAACUCUAACCGUGAAUCACUAAUGAUUUAAUAUUUCACAUUUACAAACAUGCAUAUUUUUUGAAUUACGAUAGUGAUAUAAUGUAUACUCUGUUCAAAAUAAGAAUAGUAGUCGGCGGCGACGAGUUUUCGUCUCCGUCGGUCAGAUUCAAGCCCUUUUUUCAUACCGCUUGGUCAACCACCUGUUCAGCCGACGAUGUGUUAUUUUUUUUAUAAAACAUACAUUUUUUUUUUACCCACAUAAUGCAUUUUAAGUUAUUUGUGCUAGUCUGUUGUCGAUUAUAGACUAAUACCGCUCUCUGGAACGGCAGAGCCGACGCACCGCGCGCGUAGUAUAGGCGACGCCUAUGCGCAGAACUCGGCUGCCGACUGCUAUUCUUAUUUUGGAUACAGUAUAGUAGAUACAUAUUUUACUGUGAUCUACGAGCGCUACAGAAUUGUUUUAUCAUCCGACUAACAUUGUUGUCACAAUUACAUAGCCCGUUGGGCAAGCAGUAUAAUAUUUUUAACCGUGCUUCCAAGGCCCACUUGCAGACCUAAUAAUCUAAGACCGUAGGUAUGACCAAGAUAAUUAAUGUAUCAGUAUUGCCAAUUCAGAUAAAUAAAACUAUGAUUGACCUUAUUAUUGUGUUACAUAAUAAAAUAAUAAAGCCAAAUAAAUUUAUUAAAAUUGUUAAUACUCGUAAAUAAAUAUAUAAAUAAAUCCCGUGAGUCGCGUUUUACAUUUUGACUUUGAUAUGCCUGAUGAUGAAUUUUUAAUUCGAAACCAGUCGUAUAAUGCACUUGCCAUAAUUCUCCAGGCGACGCCGCCUGACGUCAUUCAUUCAUUCAUUCAUUUUUUUUAUUUCUGUAUUUAUUUACUAUAUUUGUUGUAUUUCGAUAAUUAUUCCAUUAUGACUAUCAAGGUUAUUUGUUUUUAACUUCGACCAUAUUACCAUAAUAUAAAGUAUAAACUUACUACUUAGUUACUCUUACACUACUAAUUUAGUUUUAUUUUAUACUAAAUAGGUAAAGAAAUAAUAAUGACAGCAACCAUAUACAAGCUUGUACACAAAAAAAAAUUCAGGGGGGUUUAUAAAAAAAAAAAUAUUAAAUUUGUAUAAAUAAAUUAUACAACUAUUAAUUUUGAGGGGAGGUUUGAACCCUUCUGUAUACGUGCCUGUCCAUAUAUUGUUCAAUAUUUUUAAUACGGAUUUUUAUCGUGAGCAUAGACGUCGUGCGGUGUACUUCGGUGCUUUAUAGGGACGCGGUUUAUUUACGACACUAUUAUGUUCCGACUUUAAGGAUAAGCUCUAUGAUAUUAUCUAUUAACUUUGGUACGUAAUAAGUUGAUUAUUGUAAUUGUCUAGUUUAUCACUGACGAAUCAUCAGUAUCGACUGGGGAGUCGAUCUAAAUAAAAAUAAGAGCUAAUCCUGAGGAUUGGCGCAGCCACUGUUGUAGAUGGGUGUUAAGGAAGGUGUGAUACAUAGUUGUUCAAUUUAAACGUGUAACUAACGAUAAACCACUGAUAACGAAAAACAAUUUUCGUCAAAAUUUGAUUUUAAAACUUCUAAAAAAAUUCUGCAUUAAAUUAAAUUUUUUUUUACUACUGAGUAAGACUUAUAACUUCCUAUCAAAUUUUAAAACAUUUAUUUUAAGUCUCAUUUUAUCUAUAGAGUACCUACUGAAUACAAAUAAUAUAAAAAAAAACUUGCAAAAUUAAAAUGUCUAUAUUUUUGGUUUUUCCCAAUUAUUUCAAAAACUUUUUGGAAAAUCCAUAAAUUACCUCCUCAAUUCAUCAAUUGGAGAAAAUUAUCUUUCAGAAAAGGUGCUGUAGUCUAUUAUUUGAAGAAAGUUUGCUGGUGAAAAAGUUAUUAACAGGAAAAAGACAUAUUAAAAUCAAUAGAUCCUUGGCUACUCUCCGAAUCUAAAAAGAAAAAAAAAGAAAUAGCAGUUUCAUGGCAACACUGGAAAAUUGCAAUGUAUUGGACCAUUUUGAGACUAUGCUUUUAAUUCCCUGCUGUUUAUUUUAUGAUAGCAUGGGUGAGAUAAGUAUUUACUUCGAUACCCCAUUUUACUAUUUCAGACAGUAAAUUGUUCAUAUGCUUACUGUGCACAAUCUUAUUGAUCGUAGUGUAUAAUAUAUACUUAGGGACGGGGGUACUUGUUCGAAAAUCAAAAGGUUCCGAAAUUGUAAAAGUACUGACAACCAUUGUCAAGGAAAAAAUGUUUUAUAUACUCUAUCCAAAAUAAAAAUAGUAGUCGGCAGCCGAGUUCUGUGCAUGGGCGUGGCUUUUGCGACAAAUAUGCUUCAAGAAGGACAAUAUAGAGUUAUUUAACAUAACAUAUAAUAUCAGAACUUCAAAAAGCUAUAAUUUCGAAACUGAGUCAGUCUGCCUAAUUCUGACUUCACCAUCGUUCUUAAAUCGGUAAUAUACAAAUGUUCAAAAAAAAAAAUAUACAAAUGUUCAAAAAAAAAAAAAAAAAAAAAAUGAAUAAUUAGAUUUGUUCCCCACAAUUUUUUACUUAUCGAUUUUCGUCAAAAUUUGAUAUUAAAAUUUCCUUAUAAAAAAAAAUAUAUAAAACAUCUAGAUAGCAAACUUUAGUAUUAUUAUUGUCGCCAACAAAAUGGCCGCUGUCCUUAUCUAAGAGGUGAUUGUUUAUGUUUUAUAGUAUUGAUAAGGAACGAUGUUAUAAUAUUUAAAUAUUAUGUAGAUUGUACACGAUAUAGUAAAGUUCCAAAAUAGUAUCUUAUCAUUUAUCAUAUCAAUUUAGUUUGUAAACAUUCACCUCUUAAAUAUUGAUUGGCUGCCAUUUUGUUGGCGACAUUAUUUUAUACGUAUACACUAUAGCAGUCGUCUAUUUAGUUUUUCCAUCUGUGAGUAAUACCCAGUUGUCAAAAAAAUGAUAAGGUAAUUGUAACUACAGUGUCUUUCAAUAAUACUAACAUCAAAAAGAUAAAAUUGAAAUCAAAAUGUAGUUACACCAACAAUAUAGGAAAAAAAUUGUUUUAAAUUAUUUGAAAUAUGUAUUCGUGAUAUACGGAAAUAUAUAAUUAUUUUUGAUGUAUUCAAUAUGUAAGUUUUUUUCUUGUAAUUUAUUACGAAAUUCAUAGUCUUAUGCUAUAAUUCCUAUAUUUUAUAUUUCAUUAACAUAAAGAUCUUUUUUAUUUUAUAAUCUGAUUUUUUUUAAAACAAAUUAAAUAAUGAUGGGUAUGCAUGUUAGUAUACUUUUAUUCAUUUAUACACAUUUUAAUUCAAAAUCUAUCGUCGAAAUAAUGCAAUAGUCGUGCACUACGGUUACCGAUUAAAACUGUCCGAUGAGUAUACACUGAUUUCAGAUAAAUUGUUUAUAGUUUGUAAUUUUUGACAAAGUCCAAGUACGUCCAUAAAAGUGACAAAAUAUGAAAUUAUUGAAUAAAACACCAGAAGUGUACUAUGCUUAUUAAGGAUUACUUUUAGCGCAAGAUUUAACGUGUGUGUUAUAAUUCUGAUAUUUGGUACCGGCUGUAUGUGGGUGGGUUCACAACGAGCGCGCUCCCAUCGUCAGCUCUGGUCGUACCAGGUGGGGAUGCGCGCCGUCGAACGAAAACUGGUCGGGAAAGCGGUAUGUUCUCUUUUGAAAUUGAGUACUGACGCUUGUGUUUUUGCAACAGCCAAACACUUUUUCAUCAAACUGAUUACGAUGUUAUCGGUUCGUUAACUAGUUAUUAGCACGAUAAGAUAGAUCUAUCUUGUUUUCCUUCAUUUUUCCCUUCUUAAGUGCUUUUAUUUAAAAAAUGACGUCGAAAAUCAAAAAAUUACCUGAUUAAAAUAUAAUCUAGACAACUUGGGCCUUUAGAAAAAUUGUUACACUUAUACAUCGGAGCAAGUGUACUAUGAAAAAACUUGUCCACAGGCUAGAAUAAAGAACAAUAAAUAUACAACAUUGUAAAACCAAUAGCUCCCUCUCUACGCUCGUAAUCUCAAACAGUUUGUUAAAUUUACAAUUUUACAUAUAUUAACGGAGCCCACAAACUAUAACUUACUUUGUUUCUAUUCAAUUAAAUAAUCAGGACGACCUGAAAACAGUGGCGUGACCAAUGGGAAGGGAUGUAACAAGUACAAAUCGUGAUAAAAAAAGUAAAAUUGUCUUCUUUAUACUCGACUAUGGAAAUUGGUAAUUUAAAAGCCGGAUCCUAAAAAAAAAUCCAAUUUCUAAUCAAUACAUUAAACUUUUUCUCAGAAAUUUAUCAGUUUUUCGAUAUUAGAUUACCUAUAUUUUGUUGUAUUUUUAAACCAAUGGGGAGAAUAUAACCCCAAACUUCUUCCCCUCUUUGAUACGCCUCUGCUUAUAAAAGGUUUUUGAGUAAUAUACAUUAAUAUGCUGUAUUGUAUAGUUUUUAUAUCUGUGAUAAUACAUUAUUGCGCACAAUUUGUAUACCAUUUAUUGGUAAAGUACUCAUUCAUUUUUAUCAAUCAUUAUUUUAGUGACUUAGAAAUAUAUUGUAAACACUUGUCUUGAUAAACUCUUACUAAAUUAUUUACUUAUUCAGUGUAUAAACAAACAUAAAGUUAAGUUCAUAUUUUGAUUCAAAUAUAAAUAGCUAGUCUUAAAAGUACUAUAAGUACAUAAUUCUUGUAGAUAUCGUACAAUUUUUUAUCUAUAGCCCAGAUAUUUUCUGAAAGUAAUAUUACUAUAUUAUACCCAGCCUAAUUGGAUUUUUUGGAACAUAAUUAAUCUAGUAUUAAUGAAACAACUUUAAAAUAAGUAUAGUAGAAAAAUACUUUUUUUUGUUAAAUAUAAAUAUAUUUAUUAAAAAUAUUAUAACACUGUUUAAUUGUAUCAUCUAAAGACAUGUUAUUGGUGUCAUUAGUAAUAAGUUUUUUUUUAUUUUGAAUACACCUAUUUUUAUAUUAUUUACAGUCUUAUAUUUACAUAAAAGAAAAAUUUGAUUAGUUACUACAAUAUUUUUAAAAGUUUGUAUCCAGUUGUAAUAUUAAAAUUAGAUCAGUUUAAAAGUCAAAACACAAGAUUACUGAAUUGAAAUUAUGAAAAAUAAACUAUUUUAACAUUAUGCCGAAGGUUUUACAUUUUUUUUUUUGUGAUACAAGAACUGAACAAAUUUUUUUCUUUAAAAUUUAAUUAUUUGCCUAUUAAGGAAUGCUAAAAAUGUAGGAUCCUAAAUUAAGGGCACUAAGUUUUACAAAUGUACUCCAAUUUUACUAUCAUUGGUAAUGAUACAAAUUUUUUACUAAUCAAACCUACCCAUAUAUUAUUGAUACCCAUUUAAGAUAAAAUGGUACAGUCAGAUAAAAAUAUUGGUACUUACAGAAGUUCAGUUUUUAAAGUAAAAAUAUAUUUGAAUUUAUAAAGAAAUUAAGUUUGCAUCAAUCAAAGCACUUUUUUAAUUUUAUCAAAUAUUUAUAAAGAAUAAAAUAUUUGAAAUUCAUAUGGAUUUGUAAGUGAUAAAAUAAAAAAUAUUUAUAUGAAAACUAUGCUUCUACCAAUGCAAAGUAAAAUAUCUUAUAAAUUUAUAUAUGUUUAUAUUUUUAAAAUCAACCUACAGGACCAAGUACCUUAAUUUUUGUUAGAUCUACAUAACAAUUUGUUUAUGAUGUUUGCAGUGGCCCUAUAAAUGUCUUUAUUAUAAUAUUUAUAAUCAACAAUUAAAUAAUUGAAUAAUAAUAUGUAGGUACACUGAUAAUCUUGAAUAUACAUAAGAGUAGUCUUUAUUAUUAUUUGUUUUGUUAUUUAAUCGGGUUACCCCCAAAAUUUGUUUAAACUAUAAACAAAUAAAUUGUGUAAAGUUUUAUGCUGUAAUUGCAAAAAACCAAAAACUCAUAUUUUAUAGUUUUGAAGAAAUUCUGGGAGCAGUCUAAUUAAAACCUGUUAAAAAAAUUCCCCAUACAUACAUUAAGAACCACUCUAAUUUUGUAGGUAAAUCAAUAUUUUGAGAUAGAAAAAAAAACCUAUUUGUGAAAAUAUUAUUUAAAAUUUAUCUUAAUUUAAUUUAUAUUUUAUAGAGUGACAUGUACAGCAGUCAAUCACAAGGUUUGUGUUCAGAACGGCUGGUGGCUGAUGAAAGUGUCGCAAUUGUCACGCAUCACAAAAAACGCAAGCUGGACCAACUACAUAGCGCCGCUUGCGGCCCUGAAAAUUACCACCAUAAUAAAUAUAAAUUGAGUUCGUUACACCACCAUUACGAACCAAUUGUUGAAUUGGUGCCAUAUGAACCAAUCAAGUACCGUAAACAUCAUGGUACUUCAAUUACAUCAUCCAAUAUUAAAACUAGUCCAACUUCGGCACAUAAUCAGAAUUUUAUACGGGCAUCAACUAUCAAAUUAUUAGAUACAUAUCAACGUUGUGGACAAAAGGUAAACAACGUAGGAGUUUAAUUUUAUUCUAAAAAAUUUUUUUUCUUUUAUAAUUUUAUCUUUAUUAUAAAAAAUUGUUACUCACAAAUUAAUUAGGUUUAAUUGAUUUAGAUUUUUAAUAAUAUUAGAUAUUAUUAGAUAUUAUUCUUAUUUGCACUAUUAAAUAUAUAUUGUUGACUACUCAAAAAAACUUCAGUAAUUCGAAAUUUAACAAAUUUUAUAAAGCUGGCAAGAAAAUUAUUAUUGUAGAUUGUGGUGUUCAUCAAGUUAUCUUUGACACAAAGGUAGUUUUUAAUAUUUGACCUGCCUUAAUAAAUAGUGAUUUAGUUGUUAGUUUUCGGCAUCUGAUAAAUAAUAAAACUGGUUAUAAUUGCCAACAUGGCAACAUCUGUUUCACAAUUACCAUUACUAAGGCACUGUAAUAGAUUUAUGCACCCUACCGUUAGUUAAUGCACUAUAAAUAUUUGUUUAUUUUAUAAACAUUCCAUUCAAUAAAAAUUAACAACCCCCCCUCCGCUCACUUUUAAGUGGAUCUUAAGUUCAACUUUGUCCACUAUAGAUAUGAUAUUAUGAUAUGAUUCAAUAAUCAAAAAUUUUUCUAUCAGAGAUCUUGCUCUGAUUUUUAAGUGUAGCACCUUUUUUAAAAGGAAAUCGAUGUAGGGAUGUACUUUAGGGAGUUAAAUUUUUAGUCUAUAAUAUUCGAUGAAAAUCAACUAAUAAUCAGUAGUAAUAAAUAGUCAGUUGCACCCGUCCUCAUUAUCCUAGGACUUCUCUUUUUUUUUUUUAAUUUAUAAUUUAAUAAUAUUAAUAAUUGCUUAAUGUACAUAUUGUUUAAUACAUUUUUAAAUAUUAUUAAUAUUAUUAGCAAUUUAUUUUAUUGAUAACAGAAACAGUUACAUUAGAACAACAUGUUAGUUUAAAAGUUCUCAAAAGUUAUUACGUAAGUUUGGCCGUUUAGGUAACUAAAAUGGCUAUAGGCUACUAUAGCUCUUUUCGUUUAUUGUCUAUACAAUAUACAUCUCCAAAACUAAUAAAUAAUAACCACAGCUCUAUUAUUUAUCACUUAUUUGUUAUUAGUUAUGAAGGUUACCACUUUUUCGAUAACAGAAAUAUUGUUAUGAAAGAGAAAUAAAAUUAUAUUUUUUCAGAGGAAGGGGGUCCGGGGGUAAUACAUAUCUUGCAACGAACAUAUUAAGCCAAGUUUACACUUCAUGGGAGCAAGCUCGGUCGAGCUGAGGUGAUCGCGAGCAAUAUUACAUGUGCGCUCUGUGUAAACACUAUGGUCGAGCCGGCCGAAACCGCUUUAACUGGUUAUAUACAACUGGUUAUACAUUUGUCCACAAGAAUUAAAAUAAUUGAAAUUAUUCUAAACGAAUAGGAACUAUUUCUUGGGAAAUUGUAUAAUAAAUAAUAAUAAUGUAUCCACACAUUAGACAAUUAUUUUAAAAUAGAACUAUACAAAUAUGUUUUUUUUUUUUAUUAUUAUAUAAAUGAGAUUAUAUUUUUUGUAGCAUUUAUAAAUAAUACCUAUGCUUACAAAUAAUAGUUAUUUUAUCAAAAUAUCGAAUAUUUAAAUACUUAUACUAUAAAUUAUAUAAUACCUACUAAUUAUUUAGUUAAUUUAAUGUAAUAACAAUAAAAUAAAUUAAUAUAAUAAGUAAUUAUUAAUUGGUUUCAUACUUUUAUCAUUAUAUUAUAGUUAAAUUCAAUAGGUACGUCUCUAUGAAUUAGUAAUCGCCAAGCUUUGUGCAUAACGAAGUUUUUUUAAAAAAUAAAAUUAUAAUUCAAUACAGUUGCGCCAUAGUCGGCUCAAUAACGUGAAAAAGCCGUUCGAUUAUGAUUAACGACCUUGGUUCAAAUACUGAUAAAUCCUUUGAACACGACACCGAGACCGAUAAUCGUUGGCUCGCGAGCGAAAAGAUUCAAACCGAACCGCUCAGUGCUCACUCAUGCCUGCGCUCAUGUGUAAACGCGGCUUUAGGCACGUUGUCUAAUCGGCAAAACCACGAUUAAAGUAAUAUUAAUUGCGUUAUUGGCGUUGCCUGAAUCAUCCGGCCACUUGAACAGUGCGUUGCACGAACUGCUAUUUCUUACCUCGGCCGUCGCCAACACGGCCAAGUUGUCGAGCAGGAUCGUGCACGGCCGGUCAUUGAUAGGAUAAUGUUAUCGCUAAAUUCACGAUUCGUUUACGUGUUCAAAUGUAAAUAUUAGUAACAUUACUUAAGAGGACUCUACGCCGACAUCUACUGUCUCCGUCUUACAAACGCGACACACAGCAAACUUGCGUUCAGUAAGACAUAUUUUUUGCCGUUAGUUUCAAUAUUAAAGCAAAUUAACUAAUUACCAAACUUAAAGGUAAGAAGAUUGUAUAUGCCCAAGCAUUGAUGUUUUUUUUUGAUAUUUAAAUUUUUAAAUUGUGAUAUUUAACAUAUUCAUAUCUCAUUUAAGAAAAAUGUAUCCUACUGAACGCAAAUUUGCUGUCUUGCGUUUGUAAGACGGAGAUAGUAGAUGUCAGUGUGACGUCCUCUUAAGAAUUAUUAUGGACAACAAAAUAAAAUGAAAUUAAUAUUCGUGAAGUAUGUAAUAUUAAAUAACAAAGUAAAAAUAAAAUAAAUAAAUAAAUAAAUGCGUCGCCUGUAAUAUUAUGAUAAGUGUAUUAUAUGGAGUAUUACCUGGAGAGUACCUGGAGUAUUAUGAUAAAUGUAUUCAUUCAUUUAUUUAUUAAAUAUAUAAUAUUUGUUUUCAUAGAACAUCUUGAAACUUAGGUAUCGUUCGUUUGUAUAAUGAAAAUGUUAAUAUUUCAGCUCAAUAAUUAAUAUAAACCUGCGCUUUAAGGAAACAAUAUUACUAUUAUAAUUUUACUAUUAAAAUAUUUACCAUCAAAUCAUAUACUUCAGAGUUAGGGAUCCCAUAUGUCCCGUAUUUGGGACCAGCGUUUCGGUUUCCCGACCAAAUGUUCUAAACAACAUUUAUCCCAUAUUUCGAAUCCCCAUUCCGUAUUCAAAUUAGCGUGUUAUCAUGAAAUUUGGUAGUAAAUAUCACUGUAGAAGUGUAGACAAAUUACAUUUUAAAAUUAUGUUGACUUAUUAAUAAUAUUUAUUAACUGACGUUUGAUUUCAACAUUAUUUUUCUUAAGCUUUUUGAUUUUAAAUGGAUAACUUUUGAAUUACAGAAUAGUUCUGAGGGCUACGCUCUAACCAUCACCCCCUCCCACCACAUAAUUUGUUACAAUAUAUGUAAAUUUUAAGUGAGAUUUAAAAUGUCCUGUAUUUAUAAUACAUAAAUCUGGGAUCCCUUUAGUGAGUUAAUGGUUUGGAGCACAGAUUUUUGAAAUUGUAGUAAUACACACAUAAUAUUGUUGUCACUUAAAAACUGAACAGUAUUUUUUCCUCAAUUUUUUAAAUUUAAUUAUUAUUUAACAUUUAUCUACAUAAAUCUUAAAAGAGCUAUGUCCUAUGUAGAUGUAACUUUGGGGUGUACAGUGCUAGAAAAUACAAUAUUUUCUUCUCUGAUCUGAGCAGUCGAAUUUCCAGACAAAUGAUAUGAAAGUAAAAAAAAAUUGUCAACAAUUUUAGAAGCUAUUUAGAAUCUGCAGGUGGUACUUCAUAAGAAAAUAAAUUAUUUUUGAUAUGGUUCAUUUUAAACAUGUCAAAUUUAGCACCAAAGUUUAAAAGUCCUCUCUAUCAAACAAAGGUCAUCCCAAUCUACAGUAUUAAUAAAACUACUAUACUCCUCUGAUCCACAAUAAAACAUUACCUUUUUGCUCAUAUAUGUUACUCCCCACUUUGAUUGAUCGUUGACUGUUACUGAACAAUAGUGUGUAUGCGCAAAAUCAGAUUAUCAAGACACAGUAAUGUUCUCUUGUGGGCUGCACUUUUUGAAAUUUAUUUCUAUGAAACGAAAUAGUAAUAUUUAUUUAUUAAUCAUAAUAUCCCUUUAAUUCUGUAGCGUAAAUCGUGUGAAGGUGGUGUAACAAAUGGUGUGGAAUCAAGUUGUGGAGCUGGAGGAGCAAAUACUGCAUCAACUACUACGACUACCACUACUACAACAGGACAACAAGGAAAACAGGGUGCUGAUGGUGAUUAUCAGUUGGUCCAGCACGAAGUACUAUACUCAAUGACGAACCAAUACGAAGUUCUGGAAUUUUUGGGUCGGGGGACUUUCGGACAGGUAGACACAGUUUUUUUAAACUUUUGUUUGAGUAAAUAUAAUCUAAAUCAUUAUAUUUAAGGUUGUAAAAUGCUGGAAAAAAGGAACAAAUGAAAUUGUUGCUAUUAAAAUUUUAAAGAAUCAUCCAUCAUAUGCUAGACAAGGUCAGAUUGAAGUAAGUAUUUUAUAUAAUUGUAUAAAUAUCCAUAUAAUGUUUAUUAUUUUUUGCUUGAGGAUAACAUUAAAAAAUAAAUAUAAAAUAUUAUUUUGAUUAGUCUUUAUAAACUAAUCAUAACUAACCCAACAAUUAUACAAUACUUACCAUUUAUUUUAAUUUAUUAAUCAUAUUUCAAGAAAUGCUUUAAAUAUUUUAAAUUUUAAAAAAAUUGUUUAUUAAAUAUUUUUAAAAUUAUUUUAUUUUGUUCGAUUUUUAUUAUUAUUAAACUAAUUCAUACAAGUUCUAAGUCUAUAAAUGCAAUUUUCGUUUAUUAAAUAGUAUGCAAUAAAUGGUAAGUGUGCUGACUCAAAGAUAAUAAUUUAUUUCCCAUAAAGUACUAAUAAACUUCUAGCGAAAAUGUCACAUCUCCAUACCUGGUAAUUUGAUGACGAAAAGAAAAGAUCCUAUUUCUGAUAGUUAAUAUAGUGACAGAACUUUUACGAAUCUGUUAAGUCUUUUACAAAACUUUUAUGUCUGAUGUUAUGUUAUUUUAUGAUAUUUUAACUGUACUAAGUGAUAUACGCGUUAAAUUUAAUACUAAUAUCAUUUAAUUUAAUUUUUAGUUUUAGGUACUGUUGUAGUUAAUUAAAUUAAAUAUAUAUUUAUUUUAAUGAAGGUAAGCAUUCUAUCACGGUUGAGUCAAGAAAAUGCAGACGAAUAUAACUUUGUUCGUGCCUAUGAGUGUUUUCAACACAAAAAUCAUACAUGUUUGGUGUUUGAAAUGUUGGAGCAAAAUUUGUAUGAUUUCCUGAAACAAAACAAAUUUAGUCCAUUGCCAUUAAAAUUUAUUCGACCCAUUUUGCAACAAGUUUUAACUGCUUUGUUAAAAUUAAAGGUAAUUUUAAUCUUGUAUUUUUUUUUUUUUUUUUACUUCUAUUUUAACCAUUUUUAAAAAAGUACAUAAGUACUAUAAAUAAUAUCCAUAAUUUUUGAAAACAAAUAUUUUUUAAAUGUUAAACAUUGUUUUGAACAUUUAAUUUAAUUUUUUUAUAUAGGAUUUAGGUCUUAUUCAUGCAGAUUUAAAACCAGAAAAUAUUAUGCUUGUUGAUCCUAUCCGUCAACCUUAUAGAGUUAAAGUUAUUGACUUUGGUAGUGCAUCUCAUAAAAGUAAAGCAGUUUGUAACACAUAUUUGCAGAGUAGAUACUAUAGAGCUCCUGAAAUAAUACUUGGUAUGCAUAUUUCUUAUUAUUUCAAUAAAGUCAAAUUAAUUUUUACAUUUAAUGGUUCAAAACUAGGUUUACCAUUUUGUGAAGCAAUUGAUAUGUGGAGUUUGGGAUGCGUAGUAGCAGAAUUAUUUUUAGGUUGGCCAUUAUAUCCAGGUUCAUCGGAAUAUGAUCAAAUACGUUAUAUAUGCCAAACUCAAAAUUUACCUAAUUUAGACAUGUUAACAAACGCAUCGAAAACUUCCAAGUUUUUUUAUAGGGAUGUUACAUAUCAAAAUAAUUGGAGGCUAAAGGUUAGUAUUAAAAUAUUCUUUGAUUUUUUUUUUUCUUCUUUUUUAUGAAUUGCUUUAUGUAUUUUUAUUUAAACUAUUAUAUAUACAAGGUGAUUUUUUUUAUCAUGAACCAGCAAUUAUCUCGGAGAUUUUUAAGUGAAUUUGAUUUCUGUUUUUUCUAAUCAUUAUGAAAUUGUUUAAGUUUUAUUUUAAAACCAUUUUUAAUUUUUUACUCUUACACCAUAUACCUUAAAUAAGUACAUACUUUUGAUUUUCAAAAGUCAGGGUUCCUAUUUGAAAAUCACCCUGUAUGUAUAUAUAUAUAUAUUUAUAAAUGCAAUACACAAGUAAUAAAAAUAUAUGUAUACAUGAAUAUGUUUGGGGUUUUACCAAUAAUGAGGUAACCCCUAUCUCAUAAGCCACUCAGAUACGAUUAAAAUGUUUCAUUUUUCACUUCCUUGAUUUUGUCAUGGAGGAUCUUACUUAUGCAGUGCCAUUUGGUUUUAUCCUUUGGAUAUUACAUUAAUUUCUUCUUACUUUGCGCUUUUGGUUUACUAGCUUUCUAAUUUCUAAUGGGUAAAUCAUUUUGUAUAAGAUUUUAAAGUCUUCAACCUCACUGAGAAAGUGUUAGCAUCUUCUUGAGUAUCCCUAAAAAGAUUUCAAUCUGUGCUUUUGUUUGUCUGAAAAUUUUUUUUUUCCUUCAUUAUAACAUUAAAUUUGAGCUUGACUAAAGUAGUACAGGAAUGUAGUUAAACAUGUGGUUAGUUCUAUUAGGCCUUCAGUUUGAACAUAGUUUCAGGAGAUACCUUUAAUAAAAAAGAAGUCAAGAAAAUUAGGGGUUUUAUUUGGAUCAUUCGGCCAGUAGGUUGUUAUUGUCAAAAGCAAAACUAGUAAUUUGUACAUAAGGGGUGAACAUUGCUAUGGUUAAACUAGUUUCUGUUAAUUAUGCUGUAUUACAGAGCAGUUCUUGUAGGUUGCGAUGUAUGCUUCUCCACAGUUUGCAGAUUUUGGAUUCGAUUUUCUUUUCAUUUGGAGUCUUCUGUGCUCUUCACUGCAUUUUACACAUAUAGAAUUUAUGGCAAUAAUUUGAGUAUAACCAAAGGCCUGCCAGUUUUACACUGGAGCACUUUUUUUUUCUUAGGGGCUUCUAUUUCAACUUUAUGAUAACAUAAACUAUCUAAAUUGUUAAUGUCUUCAUUAUUAAUUUGUGGUACUAAGUUUAUGAAGGGUAAGGGUAGUUUUAUUCUUGUCCAUUCCUUAUUUUUUGUCUUUUCAUUUAGAUAUUUGAUGUGAAGCUACUUCACUAGUUAGUCCACUAAGUUUUGUAUGUUUUUGACAUCACUGGACAUCAAUUGGUGGUGAUUUAUUUAUUUUAGGCAUUGAUUUAAUAUUAAUAUUUUUAGCCGCUUUCACUUUUUUAUUAUUAUUAGGUAUUGAGAUUGAAUAAUACCUGAGUUUAUGUAACUAAAAUUAUAUUCGAUACCUGUUAAUCAUUCUUUGAUUUUUUUUAACUACAUUUAAUUUUGAACACUAUUUUAUAGGUAAUGGAAGAACAUGAAGCUGAAACUGGAAUUAAAUCUAAAGAAGCAAGAAAGUAUAUAUUUAACUGUUUAGAUGAUAUUGGCCAAGUAAAUGUUCCAACAGAUUUGGAAGGUGGUGAACUUUUAGCUGAAAAAGCAGAUAGACGUGAAUUUAUUGAUCUUCUUAAAAGAAUGCUCUCUAUGGACCCGGUAAUUUUAUCAGCAUUUUUCAAUUAUUUAUUUUUAUACAUUUUUUAAUUUUUAAAUUUUUAAAAAACUUCAAUAGGCUAAUAGAAUACAUCCGAAUACUGCUCUUCUACAUCCCUUUGUUACACUAGCACAUUUGGUGGAUUUUGCUCGAUGUGAUAAUGUCAAAGCAAGUGUACAAAUGAUGGAAGUUUGUCGACGAGCAUUACCUGACCAUCAUUCAAGUUCUGGUCAAGCUGUUCUAGUACCAGCAACUAAUGCUAAUGUUACACUUGCUUUUAACAAUCAGGUAAGCUAUUUUUCAUAUUUAUUAAACAUUUUUUAAAAUGCUAAUUAAUUUAUAAAUAUAGAUAAGAAGUUUAUAUACCUUCCCCAUAAAUAUAACCUUGUAACAAACACAGUUAUGCUUAUUUUAUGACAUUUAAAUUUAUUUAUAAUAAAUAUGAUUGUUGUUUUAGUACCAGUUAUAUAAUAGUCGGCCAAUGGCUCGCCAAUAUAGUAGCAGUUCAAACCAACACCAAGCUCAUCUGUCAAUACUUUGUUCUGCGGGUCCUGGAGCUUAUCAAACUGGGACAUCACCCCCAAAACAUGUUGCUGUAAUGCCACCUCCGCCCCACCCAUCACAAUUGCAAAUACAACAUUCGACCAGUUUGAUUACUCAACAGGUGUAUAUAUAUAUAGUUAAAAAUUAUUAAUUGUAAACUAUUUUAUUUAACUUUAAAAUCAAGGCAACUAAUUAUUAUAUUUGACAUACUUUUUAAUUGAAAUAUAUUAUUAAUUUGAAUGACAAGUUAUGAUAAGGUUAUUAUUUAUAGGAAAAUAAAAAUGUUGUAUACUUGUUACUUAGCCUGGUGGCGGUCAACAACAAUAUGUGCCUGUAUCUAUGGUUGAUGGAAGUCGUCAAAUGAUAGCUACCUGGCCCGCUCCACCUGGAUCUCAUCAUCGUCAAAUGACUAUUGUUCCUCCACCUGGGGCAGGAGCAGCAUCUGCAGCAUGGCAUCCUGCUUCUGCUGCUGCAGCUGAUUGGGCAGCAGCUACUGUUCCCAGACCACUGCUAGUUGAUCCAGCUACUGCAAUAUUACAAGUACGAUUUUUUUUUUUUCCAUGUACACAUGUUAUAUUCCAUAUAUAUUUUGGUAAAUCAAUGAUUUUACCAAAACAUUUUAAUAUAGGAUCAACGGCAAGUAGCAUUUACAACUGCUGAUGUUUAUGAUGGUCUAUUAGAGAGCCCAACAAUGGUUGGUACAAUUUGGGGUAGUUCUAAUAAUAGUGGGAAAUCACGUUCAACAAAAACACAUAUGGCUCCGCCUCAACCACAUCAUCAUCACUCAAAUUAUCAGCAAGCACCACAAGCCCAUCAUCAUCAUCAUCACCAUAGGCAAGACAAAAAGGAUACAAUUAUAAAUACUUCAAAUCAGCUCAGUCCAGUAAAAAAACGGGUUAAAGAAGGAACUCCACCCCAAGGUUUGAUUUUAUUUUUAUAUAAUAACUGUUUACUAAGUAGUUUUCAUGAAAUUAAUUUCUUAAAAUUUUAUAUUUCUGAAUUUUUGUUUACCUUAAAACUAAGAUAUUAAAUUUUUUUUAUCCCCACGGCUCCCAAAAUGUUAAUGCCAAAAAAAUAUAAUGAUUACAUGUAAAUUUAUCUAUGUCAUAAAAAAUGAAAAAAUAAAUAAUGUAGAAAAAAUUGAAAUUAAAUGAUUUAUGCUUAGUGAAUAUAAAUCAAUAAAAAAAAUUACUUCGUAUUCAGUGAGAUAGAUAAAUUUGUUUAUGUUUCUUAAUAUGUUAAAAUCUUGGCUUUAGUUUGGUUAUAGCUAUUCUCAUUUCUUUCUAAAUGUUCAUUUUGAACCAAUAAUUAGUUUUAAUUAUAGCCAACUCAGAAAAUCCAGUUUCACGUAGGUAUAAAGUUGUAAAAGGUAUUAAAUGUUUCACAGCUUUGUUGACCAAUUCUAAGUGUUGUAAUUUCACAUGUGUCCAAAAAUAAGUGGUUUAAUAAUGAUGAUGAUACAAACUUGUUCUUUAUUGUAGAAUCUGAUGAAACAUCAAUGCACUGUUCUUGUUCAAUGUUGGACAAAUUAGUUGGAAGGUCAGCACUAAAGGGAUUCUUGACCCAGAUUUAUUGUCGAGUAUUCUGUCGAAAUAGUGUUCAAAGUGAAUUCUGAUAAAUUUGAUUCAAUAAGUGGUCAAUGAAUUUGUUUUUUUGUUGUCACAUUUAAGCUCAAAUCAUUUUUGUUAAAAUUGUAUGGUACAUAGAAAAGCAAUUAUUAAAAUUGUCUUUUCUAUAUUAAUCUUCCAAUAAACUAAUUUCCUUUGAAACAAUUUUCAUUUUAUCAAGAAGCUCAAAAAUGUGGGUUUCAUUUUUUUGCAACAAUUAAUUUAAAAUAUUCAGCUUAAAAAAAAUAUCCGUAAGGUAUGACAUCUUUGUGAAAAAUUCAGUGUCUUCAUCAUAAUUUUUUUUGUGUUUAUUGUCGUUUAAAAGAAAAAGAUGCAGUUCUCUUCUAAUCCCAAUUACGUUUGAUGAAGGCUGAAAUCUAUUGUAAUAUCUUUCCAUAGACUAAGCUCCAUCAGUGCAUAUACCACAGCAACAUUUUUCACAUUCAAUUAUUUUCGGUGGGGAGUGAAUCAAACAUUUGGAAUUAGUCAAUUACACUAUUUGACUAGCUUCUGUGUAUUGAGUAUUUAUACCCACAGAAGACGUGGUGGUAUGGUAGAGGAAACAGGGAAUAGUUACUAGUGUUGUGUACAUAUAUACAGAAAGAGAUAGAGAAGAGUAAGAGUAUGCCCGGGGCAUUGAGAGAGCCAUUAAGAAGAGAAUUGAUGAUGGAAGUGUGUGUCAGCCUCAAUUCGUUGAGAUGAUAAGGUAGGGAUAUAAAGGGUAAAUUGGAUAAUGUUUUAGUUAUGUAGUUGGUGUUAAAUAUUGAGUAAUAAUGCAUUGUAGGAAUGGAAAUAUAUAUGGGAGGUCAUUCGGGUAGAAUUCAAAAUAGACUAAUAGUAUUUUUCACAUGACUGCAUGCACACUUUCAUACUUUAAACUAACCAGUGCAGUAGAUACAUUACAUACAUUCUAUUAUGACAUGGGAUACGUUAUCAAUACAAAUUAAUUAGAAAUCAGAUGUUUAUUUUUGGAAUAGUAAAUAUUAUCUUGUAAAGUUUGAAAAAUGUAUCAAUUUUUAAAAAUAAUUUAUUUAUUCAUAUUUCAUUGUAAAAUUUCUAUUUACAAAUGUAUAUUUUAUAUUAACUUACAGAGUAUGACGGAAGAGCUAAUAGAGGAAGUUUAAUAUCUAUUUCAGACAAUAUUCCAAAUUGGCAUCAACCUUCACCUACCUAUAAACAACUGGUUAUUAUUCAAACAAAAUUAUGAAAUAAAUAAUAUUUUAUUGAUACUCAAUAUUUAUUUUAUAGAUUAACAAUCGACAACACACAAUUACAAUUCAUGACACACCAUCUCCAGCAGUUUCUGUUAUUACAAUAUCAGAUAGUGAAGACGAAGCUUCAACAAAAGGGUAUAUCCAUUUUUAUUAACAAGUUGCUUGGUAAUAAAUGUAUUCAUGUAUAUGGUUUUUUUUUUUUUUAAUCUAGAGUUCAGCUGAAUAUUAAAUCUAAUCGCAACAACCGAAAAAAUAUAAUUUCCUGCGUAACUGUUGGUGAAAGUGAUAAUGAAGAACAAUUGACAUCUAAAACUUUAACUUAUCACCAAAAACAACUUCAAAGUUUGCGUUCAACACCAGUAAUAUACCAAUCUCCAUCAAAAAAUUCUAAUAUACAAGUACCUAUAUAAUUAUUAUUUUAAUUUUAAAAAAAAUUAUCUAGUAUAUUUUAGGAAAAUUAGACAAAUCUUGUUUAGAUUUUCUUAAAUAAAUAUUUUUGUUUUUAAAUUUUUAAAAUUGUAUUGUUAUUUUUAUUAUUUAUUUAUAUUUAUUUCUGUUUUCAAAGCAUUUUUCUUAAACACGAAAAUAAUAUUAACUUAUUAAAUUAACUAAAUUUCAUUUUUUUUUUUUUAUUUUUUUUUUUUUAUUUUUUUUAUUAAUGAUUUUUCAGAACGGAGAAUAUAUUGCUUGUCGUAAUAGCCCUCCUGGUAUAGAGUUAACUGGUGGUCAAUAUUCUCAACAUUCUAUGAACACAAACUCUCAGCAACCAAUCUAUAUGCCACAAUCACAAUUGUCUAAUGAAAUAAAACACGAACCUCAUUAUAGGUAAGAUUAAUAUACUAAUUAAAUGUAUAAUACAAUUUCUUACAAUUAGUGUAGUUAAUAUUAUUGGUACUCAUUCAAUUUGCUAUCUACUGCAUAUUUAGUGGUGUAGUAAAUCAUUAACCUAAAUACAUUAGUAUAUACAUUUAUGUAUAUACCUGUAUAAACUUAGUCAUCUUGCAAUCAAGAUUAGGCUUUUUACAAUAAAAAUGAAAUUGAUCUCUUUUUGUGAGUGUUGUCUCUAUAAGUCUCUAUAGCUGUAAUAACUGUAUCAUUUGUGGUUAUUUGUAUUAUAUUAUAAUUAUUUUUAAAUUAAUUAUUAAUAUGAAUGUUUCAAUUAUGAAUUAUUUAUUAACAUAUCAUUUAAAGUUAUGAAAAGUGUACAUUUAAAAAAAAAAAAGAUUGUGAGUUAUUACUUAAUGAACAAGCAUGUAUUCAAAUUAAAAACCAAACAAUUUGUGCUAGUGAAUUGAAAGAAUUACUGAAAAAAAGUAGGAAACAAGAUUCAGAAGGAAAUAUUUUUAAAAAUUUACAUUGAAGGAUAAAAAUGAAUAAAAAAUUAUAAAACCGUUUUUAUUUGUAAAUAACAUAUUAAACCAACAUAAAAUUACAGUAGAUAGCAUUUAGAAUAAAUAUUAUAUUUUAAAUUUUUUAUUAUAAUUUCUAUAAUGUUAAAAUUUGAUAUUUAGUUCUUCCCAUGGUAGUAAUACUACCAUGACUCAGUCACAACUUAAAAGGAUUGUGUCAAAAGGACAACAACACGCUCAUCAAAACCAGGAUUGUAAUAUUUUUAAUUCGUCAGGAACAAACAAACCAGAGCCACCACAAGCUAUUGAAUACUACUGUAGUGGAACAAACUGCAAAGAUCCUUACCAUUAUGUCACUCCACAUGAUCAGCAUAUAGUUUAUGCAAGGUAUUAUAAACAAUAGGAAAAAAUAGAACUUAAAAUUGUAUUAAUUAAUAUUUGUUUAUUAUUUCAUAUUUAGCGAUAAACGUAUAUCAUAUGCAAUACCAUCAGCACAUAAGCGCAAUGUUGCUAACGCAUUAGACUAUCAACUUCAACCUCCAGUAGCACAUUCUAGUAGGGAUUCACACAUAAUAGGGGCUUCUAAAUCUGCAUGGACCCAACAGACAAUUCCAGUGCAUCAAGCCUAUAGGUAAAAUUAUAAUUUAAAUUCUUCAUCUUUUUAUUUUUUUUCAUCCUGUACCAAAUUUUAUUUAUUUACUAUUAAACAUUGAAAGCCAAAAUUUUUUAGAGAUGGGUAAAGUGUUAAUAAGAUUUAGUUUUUUGCUGUUAUUAGUUAUUGUUACCUAAAUAAACACUGAUAUAUCAUUUGCCUUUUUAUGACUAAAUUAAAUUUAAAACUAAUUUAUUUUUAAAACAUCAGUUAGCUUAGUAGGCCAGAAGUAGUCCACAGGUUAUAGGUUGGAGAUAUUGCUUUAAAUAUUUAAAUUUAUUAUUAUUUACACAUUAUGUGAUAUUUUAACUACCAAUUAUUGUACCUAUAUUUAAUUUUUAUAGAGAUAUUUUAUUAUUUUGUUUUAUCUUUACUUUAGUCUCACACAAGUGGAUUCAGCUAUUCUUAUUAUCAUGUAACCCGUUACCAUUUCUUCUUCUUCUACUAUUUACCCUAAUCCUUUCCUCAACAUACCUUUUAUCAACUUCCAUCAAUUUUUUCAGCAUAUUCAUAAUUCAUAUUUAUUUUUGUUAUUUUUAUAGAAGUCAUGUAGCUGAUUACACAACAGCUCAUCUUUCACCACAAACUCUUGGAACUAAUCGUGGACUUUCCCCAUUAGCUGGUCAACCUUUGUAUCACCAAAGUGAUAUUUAUCGUCGACAAGCAGUAUAUGUGACUACAGGUCAACCACCAACUGCUGCUGCAUAUUUACCAUCUCAACAAGUGUCUGCUACUGCUUUUACUACAGGGUAAGUAUUUAACAAAAAUUUACUCUAAAAUUUAAAUAUCAUUAAUAUAAUCAUAUUUUUAGCCCUAUACCACCUCCUGCUCAUCAUGCAAGUGCAAGACCAUUACUUACCACUCAUGCUACACAUCCAUUACCAGCUCACAUGCAACCAACUGCAGUAUAUGGCUAUUUAAGCCCUGCAAAAACACAUCAUCAAUACCAGCCACUCUGGUUUACUGAGUAGGGCUUACCACAGGGGUAUGUAUUUAUUUUUUAUAGUUAGAACUAGGACUGAGAAUGUUAUACUUAAUUAAAUUCUAAAACUAAAAUGUAUGUCCUAAUAGUUUAAAAUAAUGUUCAUAUUAAAUUGUACUUAAAAUGUCAAAUAAAAAAAAUAUGUGAAAUGUGUUUUCACGAAUCAUUUGUAUUUUAUAGGUCUGAUAAUAAAUUGAUGGCAUCGCUACUUAACAACACUGAUCGUCAAGUCAUUAGGGUCAGACCUCUGUACAUGUUAACAACUGAUACUGUGUACACCUAAUGUAAUGCACCCACGUAAUGUAAAUAUAUCAAUUUAAUUUUUCAUAUAUCUUAAAAUUAGGCAUUCGUUGUUCUUUUAAACGAAAUCAAAAUUAUGACUUUUGAAAUAAAAAUAUUAAUAUUUAGUAUUUACUAACCAUAAAAUUGAAUUUCAUUCAUAUAAAAUAUCUUAUUUGACUUUUUUAAUCUAUUCUAUUCAUUUUGAUCAACAAUUUUUUUUUCUUUGCUGGUCAUAUAUUAGUUUUAGUUUUUCCUUUUAUUCAUCAUAAAGUAUAUACAAAAUUAUUUAUGAAAUUUAUAUUAUUAUAUUAUUUGCAUUAUUUAGUUUUAAUCAUAAAAAUACACACUAAAAGUGUAAAUAAAAAAAUUUGCCAUAACAAACAUUAUUUUCAUAAUAAUAAUAUUAGUGAGAAAUUAAUUACUUAUUUGACAAUUUUUUUUUAUAUUUAUUAUUAUUUUAUUUAAAUAUUAGAAAAAAUUAUCCAUAAAAUAUAUUUUUAUUAUAUUGUAGUGAAUAAUUCAUCCUAUAUACUAUAUUAAUUAUGUAGUUGGUAUUUAUAUUAUUAUUUUUAAUCAUUAAUUAAACAGCAUGUAGCUAGAUGACAAUAAUUUUUUAUUGGUUUAAAAUACUUACAAAAUUAGAAUAGUUGUAUAAUAAUGAGGUAAUAUUGUAGAUUUUUAGAACUUAUAGUAAUUUUUUAAUGUUAUUAUUUUAGUCUGAAUUUAAAUCAAAAUAUGUCACUAUUAAUUUUAAGGAUAAUGAUUGCUAAAUAAUAUGAUAUUAAUGUUUCUAUUAAUAAGUCCUUACUUCUUUGGACAUUUGCAGAUUUUUAUUUUUUAAUUAUUAUUAUUAUUAUUAUGGUUGUGGAGUUAAAGUAUAUCACAAUAAUAACUAAAUAAGUUUUUAAUGAUUAAUUUUUUUUGUAAGUAUGCAUAUUAGUUUUAUUUUGUAAUUUUACAUUUGAUAUAGAAAUUUCAUAUUUUAAAAAUAAUCAUACAAACAUAAAUUAUUAACCAAUAAAUUCAAUAAUUUACCUUUACAAAUCUGUAUAGUUUUGAUGAUAUUUGAAUAUGUUAUAUUUAAAAUGAAAAACAUAUGUUUUGUGAUUUUUAACCAGUUUUGAAAUAAUUUUUUAAAAUUAAUAUUAAUAAUUCUAGUUGAAUUUAACUAUUUAAUCGUUUAUUUAAACACUAGUAUUUUUUGUAUAAGAAAACUAUGUGCAUUAUAAUAAUAGUAAUUUAUUCAAAUAUUAUCACUAUAUUUAGUGUUUAGUACAAACUAAAAAUGCAUAUAAUAAUUAUUGUCAAUUGAAUAUACAUUUUAAUUUUAAUUUAAUUUUUUAAUUAUUUUAAUACAUCAAGUUAUAUCAAUUUAAAUAUUAAAAAUGAAUGCGAAUUUAUAUUUUAGCUGUGUGCAAACUUGUAGUUGUGAUUUGAUAUUAUAAAUUUUAAAUUUAAUUUUCCAUAUACAGUUUCUUAACUUAGUAUACAUUUUUAAAAUAUAUAUCUAAUAAUUAUUUUGGUGAUAGGGUGUCUUUGUAUAUAGCAGAGUAUAUUUUUUUGAAUAUAGAUUUAAUAUAAAAAAAUAUUUUUCUUGUGCGAUAUUAUGGUAGUUUUAGUUAAAUUUAUUUUUUUUUAAACUAACAUUCUAUGUAUUAUAAAAUAGUGCAUAAAAUGGCUAAUGUUAUUUAGGUACAAUAUUUUUAAUCAUCAAUUUAAUUUAAAUUAAAUAUACCGAAUUUUCUUAGUGAAACAUAAUUAAAUAAUUAAACUUAAUGUUUAGGUGAAAUGUUUGGUGAUAGUAUUUGUAACGAUAUGCCUUAUGAGUUUAGUUUUUUUAAAAAUUUAUAUACUUUGAUUGAAUUGAUCAAAUAAUAUGUUUUUUCUUUUUUAAUUUCAUUUUUGUACUACGUUUUAGAAAUUAUAUAUCCUAACAGUAAAAUUAUAUUUACAAAGUAAUUAUGAUUAUUUGAUGGUUUGAUAUUCUUAUUCAUUUUUUUUUAUCAACAAGUACAAAAAUAACAUUAUUUUGGCCUAAAUUUAAAGUGGUAAUAACUAAUAAUCAUUAUGUAUUUAUAUAAACAUAGUUUUAAUAUUGAAUGCCAAUUACUAAAUAUUAAUAAUUUAUAAUUUAGUUUUGCCUAUGUUACUAGCUUAUAAAUAGUUACAAUAUAUAAUUUAUUGGUUACAUUUAAAUCUUAUACUUUACAGGGAUAAUCAACUGACAUUUAUUUCAUCAAUUAAUUAUUAUUUAUAUCAAUAUUAAAAAAAUAAAAAAUGAUUUAAAUAAAUAUAUAUGCAAUUUUUAUAAACAAAAGUUAAAAUAUUUAGUCUUAAACAAUUAAGAAAAUUUAUUGCAUUGAUUAAUACUAAAACCAUUAUUAGAAUGAAUAAAUUCUGAACUUUAAUAUAGUGAUGUUACGAAUUGUUUGAUUUUCAAAUUGAGAACCAUAUACCUAAUAGUUUAUUUGAAUCGUUGAAGAGUGAUACAAAAAUAUUAUGGAAUUUUUUUGGUUAUUUGUACUAGGUAUUAUUUUGUAAAAUGUGCAUAUCAACUUCAGUCAUUCAAAUACAAAAUUAGUUUUCUAAAUGAAGCAAACUUUUACAUUUGUUUUGAAUUUUGAAUAGUUUGUAACAUCACUAACAUAAUGCCUUAGUUAUAUUUUUAAUGCUCAUAAAUGAGUAAAAUUAAAACGUAAAAUAAAUUAUAUAAAUUAUUUUGUUUAACUUUGGACCAUAACAUAAUUAAACACGUUUUUGUAAAGAUAAUUAUACAAAUAUUUAAAAGCACUUGGCUAAACACAUUUUUUAUAAAUGUUUGUGAUAUAAAUUAAUUCAUUUUUUUUUUUUAAGCACCAUAAAUAUAUAUAUAUAUAUAUUAUAAUAUCUAUUAUGGUUUUUUUUUAAUAAUAAUAAUAAAAUAAUUUGGGUCAAUCAUUGAGUAAACAAAUAAAUAUUAAAUUGAGAAAUUAAAGUAUAUAUAUAUAAUAUGUAAGAGUUCCUGUGUUAGGGUGUUGGUACAAAUAAUAUGUAUAUAUAUAUAAUAACCAAAAUACUGGUGACUAAUUCAUUUGAGUUGUUUUUUUAUUAAAUACUAAAAUUAAUUAAUAUAGACACAACUCAUAUAUUACUGAUGAUAGACAGUUUUAUGAUUACUAAAUUGUAUUAAAUCAUUUAAAUAAAUUAAUAAUAAUGUGAAUAGUAUUUACAACAACUCAAUAUUGUUAGUAAUUAUUUUGUAAUUUUUACGAGUUUUAAAAUUAUACUAUUAACACAAAAUAGUAUUAUGGUUAAAAUACAUUUAUGUUUUUCAUUGUUUUUAUUUGACUAUUAAAAUAAUAAAUUAGUAUGUAGUUUACAUUUAAUUAUUUGAAACAUUAAUGGUUAGCUCAAAGGGUUUAUUAUUAUUAUUUUUAUCAUUUCUAUUUAAUUUUGUUUGUAUUCAUUUUUCAAUAUUGUUAGAUUAUUAUUGCAUAAUGUUAGUUUAUAUAAUAUUUUAUGGGUUGGCGUAUUAUUAUAAUUGUUGUGAGAUUUGUAUUUAAUAUUAUAUACACAAUGUAUGUCAAUAAUGUAAUGAUGUACAAUCAAAAGAACACUGCAAAUUUCUUUCUUUUUCUUUUUUUAUCAUAAUUAAUGUGAUUGUUAAUUUUGUAUGAAUUACAUUAAAAUAAAAACCUGUAUUACACACUUCACUUCAAUUAACCUGUUUAUAUACCAUGUUUAUUGAAAUGACAAUCUAUCAAAUUUUUUCCAUUGUAAUAGUACUAUAUUUACACAUAUUUCUCUCUAUUAAUUUACAGGACAUAUUUUUCCACUUUUGUAUUAUUAUUUAUAAAUAAAUAAAUAUUGCUUAUAUUUUACAACCAUAUUUCAAUUAAUAUACAUAUUCACCAUAAUUAUAUUAAAUAACAUCAUUAAGUAUGUAUGUUUUUUUAAUUUUUUCAAAAACAUUAAAAUAUGAAUUCAAUAAAAAAAAAAACUAUGCUCUUUUAAAUUGUCCUGUGAAGAAUCAAUAGAAUAUUAUACAAUUUCGGUUUUUUUGAUAUUGUUAAUUAAAAUCUAUUAUUUUCUAUGAAGGUUUAAUUUGAUUUAUUUCUAUUUUUUUAACAAUUCAAACACAAAUAGUAAAAUUAAAAACCAAAACAAAAUAUUAAUUUGUAUAGCUUUUUUUUUUUUUUUUUAAACUUAUAUUUUUGAGAACGCAUGAAACAACACUAAUGUACAACUACUGUGAUAUUUGUUGUUAAGUCAAAUUUUACUUCGGAUUGUUUAAAUGUGGCCGCACUAAGUGUAUAAGACUGUGAAGACCCUUUAUUUUAUUUUCUUCUUUUUUUUUUUAUAAAUUUUCAUAUCCAUUUUUAUUUUUAUCAUUUUUUUUUAAAGGUACUGAUUGUAUUCAUUUUACUUUGUAUUUUAUUCUUUAUUUUUUUUUCUCACUAACUUUUUUAUAGAGACCUAUACAGGCUAAUAAUUUGAAAUGUAGUAUUUAUAUAUUGUCACUUGUAGAUUGACCAUAACUUGUACUGAAUGAUUAACUCUUAGCUUCAUGUUUAUUUAAAUAUUAUAUUUAUAAUCAUAUAGAUUUAUUAUACUUAAUCCUCAAUGUUGCUUUUACCUAUAUAUUAUUGUUUAAUUAUUAUCAUUAAUAUUGUAUUGUAAUCAAAUAUUGUCAUCUGCGUAAAUUUGGUUUUAGGGUAUUGACCUAUUGGAACAAAAAUAAAAUAUAUAUAUAUAAACUUGCACUAAAAUUGUAUUUAUGUUUACUUACAUUCCUUUUUAUCAGACAAUAUUUUCUAAUGAUGAAUUUUAUUCAUACUAUGUGGUUUUUUUAAUUCAACAGUUAUUAUUCUAUUGAUACUUGUGUCAAAGUUGAAAUAGUUUAUUGAAUCCUUUCUGUGUCUAAUUACUUAUUUACAAUUUUUCACAAUUAAAGCAAUUAACAUAAAAUUUAUUAUAGCUAAAUGUACUAGUCCACCAAAUAUAUUUGCAUUAGUGAUUGAACCAUAAUAUUCAGUUAAUUAAUAACUUAAAUUAAUGACAUAAUAAUAUUAAUAGUGCCUAAAAUAUCAUUUUUGCAAAAUGUAUACCUUUGGUCUAGUCGAUUUGGUAUCAAAAUCAAAAGUUAAAUUAUGAAAGUAUUUACUCCAUUAUAUUUUUUUGAACUUUUAAUUUAGAAUAUAAUUAGUAUUACUCUUUAAACACUGCAUUAACAAUAAAAAUGUUUAUAACAAGUUUUACAAUAAAUAUUAUUAACAUUGCAAUUUAAUAAUAUAUUGGAUAUUGUAUAAAAAUGGCUAAAAUUAAAAAUAAAUUAUGUACCUACAUCCCUAUAUAUUAUAAUAUUUCUAUUGUGAGUGAUCAUGAAUGCGAGUCGUCUUCAAUUAGCAUUCCAUGGACUGAGUCUAGAGCCUAUAAUUAAAAGACAGUAUACAUUUUAUUGCAUAAUAAUAUUAAAUUUAAAUUUGUGUAUCUGUGUGAUAUAUCAAUGGCCUUAGUAUAUGUAAAGAUUUUGUGUUAUAAAUGCAUUACUUUGGCCAUCAUUAUAUCCCAAAAAUUCUUUAAAUGGUACAUAAAAUAUAUUAUGUUAAAUUCUCUGUCUAUAGAUUUUCUUUUGUCAGGAAUUAUUGAUAAUGUAAAUUUCUAAGAAAGACUGUUAUUAUUAUGGUCAAGCAUUUUGUAAUGUGCUUACAGUUGACAUAUGCAACACAUAUAAAUACAAAUAUAGAUAUGAACUUACUUUGAAAUAUUUUACAGUCUUCACUUUAAGUUCCAUUGUGGCCAGUUCAUCACACAGUAUGAGGGUUUUUGGGUGUUGUUGAAAUGCUGAAAUAGUCCACAUGUGAUUGACGCCUUUCUCAAUAGCCUUGUGCAAAGCUAGUGCCUUGUGCCAUCCCGUGAUUAGUAUCAUGACCUAGCAUAAAAGUACAAAAUUUGUAUAUAUAUGAAAUCUAUUGUUUUAGAUUCGAGUAUAGCAAAGAAUGUAUUAAUUUUUAUUAAUUUUAAAAAGUUGUUUAUUAUUAUUAAUUUUUUUUUUUCAACACUUUCUACCAGAAAGCUUAAUUCGAACUAUAUGAUAUACAUCCUUUAGACCCUAUAGACCUUUUCCUGUAAGAAAAUCUGAUUGGGAUGGUAGGUACUAUGAAGAAGUCAUUUUUCGAUUUUCCCAGUAAUUGUGAAAAAGCAUGGAGAAACCGAGAAAAACGUAGAAAAAACGGAAAAUCUGAACAAAAUAUAAUAUAAUACAUAUUUAAUUAUUUUACCAUAAUAUGAUAUAUAUAUAUAUAUAUAUAUAUAUUGUUGAUAAUGCAUCACUAUUAACUGAACACUGCUCAGAGUCGGUUUUCGGUUAUACAUUAAAUUCCCCUCUGUAUCCUACGUUCCCAACUUCUCACCUACAACAAUUGCUGUACCCGGCCCUAUUAUCCUCGAACAACAUUUUUGAAAUUCUAUUCUAUACAUAUAGCUUAAGCAAUUGACAAAAUGCAUCUAUUAUAUAAAAUAGGUUAGGAUAAAGCUUAAAAUUAUUGGACAUACAGUUUCAGCAUCCAUGACUGUGCCUACGCCAACAGUCAGCGCCUGUUUUGGCACUUGGUCGAUAUCGUUUCCGAAGAAUCGAGCGUUCGCUUCUAAUGUAUCCUGUGUCAAAGUUUUGACUCUGGUCCUGGAAACCAGUGAAGAACCGGGCUCAUUGAAUGCUAUGUGACCGUCCGGACCGAUUCCUGCAGUUCGCACAUAUAAGUAAGA